GGUAGGGCACAGAAGACACUCAGCACCCCGAGACUGCCACCAGUUCUCGGGCAGGGAGAGGAUUGACUCUCUUCUGCCACGCAGAGAAGACGUGACCACUGCCAGUGCCUCGGGAUGCCCCAUCACGCUCUGUGAGAGCUGCGUACGCCCCCAUCAGUACACUCUGAGCAUCUUCCUCAAAGGGAGAACCAACAGUAGUGUGACCACUGCCACAGGGACAUUUGGGAACACUGUGGACACACACACAAGGCAGGGAACAGCAUCAGAGAGGCUUGCCUCCUGGGGGCGGGGUCAGGGGAGGGGAGGAGGACAUACAACUUGAAUCCGAUAAGCACAGCUGAUGGAAUCUGGUGGUACUUAAACUCAACACCGACCAAUUAUUUCCAAAAUAACAGCUUUCUAAAACCCGGGAAGGGCUACAUGUAAUUAUGCCCCACCCUGGCAAACCCAGUUUUUGGCCUAAUCCUCUUUCUUGGUUAUUCAGCCAGGAUUUGUGGAGCAUCUAUUACAUGCCAGGGACGGGGCUCGGCUUGGGCAGAUGCAAGACAAAGAAGACACCCUGUUAAGUGCUCUAGAGGAGAAAGCCAAGAGGAUGGGAGGUGGUAUAUCCUGGACCCAAUGUAGCCUGGGACAGGGAAGGAGCAGGUGACAGUCUCUCCGCCAGGCAACUUUGGAAGUGCUAACCACAGGAGCUCUUUGUAAUCAGAGUUGUCCUUCAUUCACCAGAGAGACGUCUGUAAUAAUUUGAGAUACCUGCUUCAACUCCUUCUGCUAGUUCAAUAGACUUCUUUAAAAUAUUUUAUUAUUUUCAAUCCCGUCUUCGUGCGUGGGUAUGUGCACAUGACCACGGGUGCCCACGGAGGCAAAGGGUCCUUUGUGGCUGGAGUUACAGGCAGUUGUGAGGUCCUGAUGCAGUCGCUAGAAACCCAGUCCUCUGCAGGAGCAAUACCUGCUCUUAAUCACGAGCCAUCUCUCUGAAACCCCCAGUAGGCCUUCCUUCCGCCAUUUUUAGAUGGGAGGCCCUGGAAGGUAACAGUGAUGAGACAAUGUGCGUUCUCAAAGGAAAUGGCAUUGAUGGCCCCGCCCCAUGCCAGGCCAGGUACGGGGUGCUCUGGGAUAUGUUUUUUUGUUUGUUUGUUUUUCUCUUUUGGUUCUCUUAGGAUCUGUAAAGGAUGUUUUCUGUCCCUCCAAAUACGGAAAUCUUACUCAAGAAUGUCACCUGACUAUUGAGGAGUGAACCCAAGAUUUGAGCUCUGAACAACACCUCCCCCAAACCACACUCUCUUCCCUCCUGAUCAUUUCUGGAGAUCGGAGUGCCACAAGGGCCUUUCCUUAUUGAUAUGUCCACUCUUCUCUGCUUUUAGCAAAAUUCUGGGACCUCUUCUGCAGAGCUGACACACUCGCUGCCCUCACCCCUUCCCCGCAGCUUGGGGAUCCUGCGACAAGAACCAGUGAGGAACAAGAACUGGGCAUCGGAGGACCUGGUCAUGGAGGCUCACAGCUAGCGUCAGGGACAGGUGCCAGUGUUGGGGUGCAGGAAGAGGCAAGACUCGCAGGUCACAAGGGCCAGGGAAGAGGGCGACAGUCCCCAGAUUACUCAAUACAUGGUACCACAAGCAAGAUCGCAGCAGGGACCUGCUGAGGCUCCGCACGGAGCUGCACUUGUCCAGAGCUAUGACUCGCUUUAAGAAGUCCAAGUCAACCCAAAAAAGAAAAAUGAAGCCUUAGCAACUCGCGGCGCUCCGGAGCUGCUAGCGAUGUGACUUGUCUCCGUAGUCAGGACCACACAGAGCCCGAGCAGAGGCCAUUCGGUGAGGGCCUCACCCUGGGUCCAGCUCCACGGGGCGCAAUGAACAGUAACUUCUGCCGGGCCCUGGUGGACCGCGGGGCUCCCAGCGGCGUGCAGCUGGGUGUCGUGGCCCCUGCAGGACAGACGCCGCUGGCAGCCACGGAGCCCCUGGGCAACGUCCCGUUCCUGCUGUACCCUGGCCAUGCCGAGCCGCCUUACUACGACGCCUACGCUGGGGUGUUCCCCUACGUGCCCUUCCCCGGCGCCUUCGGGGUCUACGACUACCCGUUCGAGCCCGCCUUCAUCCAGAAGCGCAACGAGCGCGAGCGGCAGCGCGUCAAGUGCGUGAACGAGGGCUACGCGCGCCUCCGCGGCCACCUCCCCGGCGCCCUGGCGGAGAAGCGACUCAGCAAGGUGGAGACCCUGCGCGCCGCCAUCCGCUACAUCAAGUACCUGCAGGAGCUGCUGAGCGCCGCCCCCGACGGCGAGCCGCCUGCAGCCACCUCCCCGCAGCCCGCCUGCGCCGGCCAGGGCAAUGCGCCACAGCCCCCCUUCCUGGUGGCCGAGUGCAGUGGGUCCUCCUCCUUCUCCUCCUCGCCUUUCUUGGAGUCAGAGGAACCCAGCCUUUGAUGGGGCCAGAGGCCUCGACUUGUCCCUCUAGGGAACGGUGUGGGGGCUUCUGGGUCAUCUGUGCCAGGCAGGACAGUGAUGUUCAAGGUCACCUCCACCCACUUGGGCCAAAUGUGUGGGCCCGGGGUAGAAAGGGCGAGAUAGGGAUCACAGGAGGGGUGAGUGCAGUGAGGAGCGGAGCUCUGGACAGCUCCUGAACCCGAUGGCCUCUUGGCCUUAGCUCGGCUCUGUUGUCCACCACAGCAACAAGUCCCCUGGAAGCCUGCAGCACUUGUAUGCGAUGCCUGGAUCUUCCACAAGAUGGCCUCAAACGCUAGCGGGGAGCUUGAUUGCCUCUAGAGAUCAGGAAUGCACGUGUGUGUGUGUGUGUGUGUGUGUGUGUGUGUGUGUGUGUGUGUGUGUGUGUGUGUGUGUUACACGCGCGCACUUCUGUCGCUGGUGCUGGUUGACUUCCUUGACAGCAAGUGAUCACCUCCGCUCUCCCUCUCCCACCCUUCGGUAUAGUCUCCUGGUCUUUUCCCAGGUUAAGGACUUUCAUCCCCCUGCCCCGCCCCCAAGACUUGGAAACUUCUAGGGUCCAUUGACACUGUGUUUACA